UAUGGGAGCGUUCUAGUUGCGUCGCGUCGCUGUUUAGAUGUGGUGUGACGUGCACACAGCAGGUUCAAACUCUGGCAGAUCAGGAAGAAGUGAUUGCGAGAGUUUUCUCACAGCUCUGUUGAAGCUUGUAGUUUUAUUUUUAAACACAGGGUGAAUUAAAUCACACCUAAAUUAGUUAAAGCGAAAGGAUCCGACGCAAAGAUGUCAGUCGCCGGACUAAAGAAACAGUUUUAUAAAGCGAGUCAGAUGAUGAGUGAGAAGGUGGGAGGUGCAGAAGGAACCAAACUGGAUGAAGACUUCAAAGACCUUGAGAGGAAGGCGGACAUUACCAGCAAAGCCAUUGUAGAUGUGCUCUGCAAAACUACAGAAUACCUGCAGCCUAACCCAGCAUCAAGAGCGAGGCUGACCAUGGUGAACACCGUGUCUAAAAUGCGUGGGCAGGUGAAAAGCCCAGGUUACCCACAGGCAGAAGGCCUUCUAGGAGAGUGUAUGCUCAAAUACGGCCGAGACAUGGGAGAGGACACCAACUUUGGCGGUGCUUUAGUGGAGAUGGGAGAGGCUAUGAAGAGACUGGCAGAAGUGAAAGACUCUCUAGACAUUGAUGUCAAACAGAACUUCAUCGACCCUUUUCAAACUAUAGUCGACAAGGACUUGAAAGACAUCCAGCAUCAUCUGAAGAAACUGGAGGGCCGUCGACUGGAUUACGACUAUAAGAAAAAGCGUCAGGGGAAGAUUCCUGAUGAGGAGCUCAGGCUAGCGGCAGAGAAGUUCGAAGAGAUCAAAGAUGCAGCUGAAACCAGCAUGCAAAACCUUCUGGAUACUGACGUGGAGCAGGUGAGUCAGCUCGCAGCUUUGGUCGAAUCUCAGCUGCAGUUUCACAGACAGUCUAUGGAGGUCCUGGAAGAGCUGGCACAGAGUAUGAGAGAAAGAGUAAACAAGGCCCAAUCUCAGCCGCGCCAGAAACGGAUGCCUGUGUCCAAACCCAGUUUUGAUUCCUUGGAGGCGGAAGACUCGAACGGAAGCUGGAGUCCGCCGGCUGCGCCACCCUCGUACUCGUCCGCAGCAGCCCCCUCCUUUAACAGGACAUCUUCACGCCAAAAACGCAAUUCGACAGAUCAGCCGUGCUGCAAGGCUUUGUAUGACUUUGAGCCGGAGAACGACGGAGAGCUUGGCUUCUACGAGGGCGACGUCAUCACGCUGACCAAUCAGAUAGACGAGAACUGGUUCGAGGGAACCCUGCGCGGCCAGAGCGGAUUGUUCCCCUGUAACUACGUAGAGGUGAUGGUGCCUCUGCGGCACUGAUCCAACACGCAAAACAGGAAGAGGAAGUGAAAUGUCAGGUACAGACAGGGAAAAGGGGACAAUCUGUGGCCUCACUAUGAGCACUUUGACCUCCUGAAAGAGAUGUUGGAUCAUGUACAGUAUGAGUCUGGGUUAUUAUGUUACUUAAGGUUCAGGUCCAGCGUUUUCCUCGUUUUAGGAAACACUAGCAUUCCCUAAAGUACAAUAAACAUCUUUGAGAAGUAUGUCAAAGAUAAAUCUGUUUUGGGAGUGUUCAUUCUAGGGUCAAAUGGAUUUUAUUUUCAUUUUCAUACAGUCUCCUGCUACAAAGAAGUGUGUUUUGUUGGUAAUCACUGACCUCUAGUGGCCACAUUUGUGUAUAACAGUUCAAAAUGCUGCCUAGCAUUUGACAAUCACAGCUCAGCUCUUUUUGAAUGGCGCAAAGCUCAGUGUGUUUGAAAAUAAAUUAUUUCACUUCAUGUAGUUAUGAAUGUUGUUAUUAUUAAAUUGAUAUUAUUAACUAACCCUUUCCCAUUGGCUUUAGUUAUACAGGGUUUGUUGUAUUUCCCACCCAAAAAUUAACGCUCUGUCAUCAUUUACUCACCUUUUCGUUGUUCCAAAUCUGUAUGAUUUUUUUUUUUUACAGGUUGGUAACCAAACAGCUGAUUACUAUGGAAAUCAGUGACUACCGUCAACUGUUUGGUUACCAAAGUUCUUCAGAAUUUCUUCUUGAUGGUAGUCAUUGACUUCCAUAGUAUGGAAAAAACACUACGGAAGUCAAUGGCUACCGUCAACUGUUGGGUUACCAAGAUUCUGCAAAAUAUCUUCUUGACGGUAGCCAUUGACUUCCAUAGUAUAGAAGAAAUAGUACAGAAGUCAGUGGCUACUAUCAACUGUUUGGUUACAAACGUUCUUCAAAAUAUCUUCUUGACGGUAGCCAUUGACUUCCAUAUUAUGGAAAAAUACUACAGAAGUCAAUGGCUACCGUCAGCUGUUUGGUUACCAAUAUUCUUCAAAAUAUAUUAUUGACGGUAGCCAUUGACUUCCAUAGUGUGGAAAAAGUUCUACGUAAGUCAGUGGCUACCGUCAACUGUUGGGUGUCCAACAUUCUUCAAAAUAUCUUCUUGAUUUACUUCCACAGUAUGGAAAAAAAAUACUAUUGAAGUCAAUGGCUACCGUCAACUGUCUGGUUACCAAUGUUCUUCAAAAUAUCGUCUUGAUUGACUUCCACAAUAUGGAAAAAAUACUAUGGAAGUCAAUGGCUACCGUCAACUGUUUGAUUAUCAAAAUUUUUCAAAAUAUUUUCUUGAUUGACUUCCACAGUAUGGAAAAAAAAAAAUGGAAGUCAAUGGCUACCGUCAACUGUUGGGUUAACAUCAAUUCUGCAAAAUAUCAUCGUAACGGUAGCCAUUGACUUCCGUAGUAUGGACAAAAUACUAUGGAGGUCAAUGGCUAUCGUCAGCUGGUUACCAAUAUUCUUCAAAAUAUCGAAAGAAAAUCGUACAGGUCUGGGACAAGUGGAGGGUCAGUAAAUGAUGACAAUUUUGGGUGAACUUUCCCUCUAAAUGCACUUUAACUGAGCAUUAAUAAUUAGUUCAGAGCUGAAUAGCAACAAAACAAAAAAAUAAAACGGUGUCUUUGCAUGAGCAUCAACAAGGGAUAGUUUACUCAAAAAUAGAAAUUUUCUCACCGUCAUGUUGUUCCAAACACAUCCAGUUUCAUUAUAUUGAAGAGUUACAUGGUUUUGAAUGACAUGAGGGUGUGAAAAUAAAACUAUUUCUUUAAGCAAUCACUUCCUGCUUGCAAAUUCUGUUAUUAAAUGCAUAUGUAAAUGAGGUAAAUCCAGCUGUUUGAUGAACCAGAAGUACCAGUUUGUGUUUAUGCACACAACAGACAUUUUUACUUUUCUUUUUCCGCAUGAUACCAUCCCUCACUCUUUUUUUUUUUUUUUUUGGAAAGGGAGCCUUUAUAAAUCCACUUCUGACUGUACUUGUGUUUUUGAGAACUGUUGUCAUCAAUCUCUGUGGUAGCACAUGCACAACCACAACCUCAACUUACAGAUAUUAGAGCUUGACAUUGAUGUUCAGUUCUUGAAAAGGGAAACUAAGUGUGUGAACCACUUUUGUAAUUCUGUCUUUGUGUUUGUCUUGUGCAUUAUUAUAGCUUUAAUGGGUUUCACUUCCUCAAAGAGGAAAAUCUGAAGUUCCUCUAACCUCUGACCCCGGUUCAGUUUCUAUUUCUCAGGGAAAGGUACGUCUACUGUAGUCUUACUGUACAAGUUAUCUAAUAAUAAUAUUCAACAUGUUCAGAACAAAAAAAGCAUUCUUGUCUAAAGUGCUGACAAUUGAAAUUCGUUGCCUUGUAUAAACCGUACCAAACAAAUGUUUACAUGAUUCCUGUACCUGUGUAUUUGUGAAUUUUAGUCUUUUUAUUGCAAUAACAAUAUUGUUCAACUGUUUAUAGAGUAGUUUUUGAUUUUCAAAAUACAGUCUAUAAUAGCUGCAAAUUUCAAGUUGUAGUUAAGCAACAAAAGUAAACAGCAGCUCUCUAAUAUGCAAUUACAUACCUCCAUUUUUUUUUUUCUUUUUAAGGACAAUCUUAGAAUGAUAGUCAUGUUUAGUAGUUUUAGAUUGUAUUUUGAACAACAUGCCAAAAGUAGAGAUUGGACUGGUUUAUCUAGCAUUUUGGAUCAGAUUUUAUUUCAGAUUUCUUUCCCGCCUAGAAUCUUGAUGAGGGAAUCAUGAAAACUGGGAUCAGGCUGCACGUUACUGUAGUACAAGUAGAAAAUCAGAGCUGACGGAAAGCAUUUUGUUUAAUGUUGUGCAUCAUAAUCGGCACUCAUAGGUCAACGACUGUAAGGAAAGCAAGUUUGAUGUUCAGAAAGAAAGAUUUUAGCAGCUAAUGAUCCUGCGCGUUCAAUGUGCCUUUUUUCUCUUUUACUUGUCUGAUUACAUUUGCAUUAGUCAGCAAAUCUGAUCUCAUGUAAUCCAGUUGUUUAAUCCCGAAAGGAACCAGUGUGACCAGCUUUUGUGACGUAUAAAUGUCAUUGUGAUUCAGGUGAGGGAUGCUGGUUCAAGGUUUCACUGUUUUCUCUAAGCUCCUUCCUACUAUAGUACUAUACUCUCGACAUCCUGCAUGCAUUCUGAUGUUGCUUACACUACACUUAAAGAUAAUAUUUUAUUAUGGGUAGAAUGUCUUAUAUGUCACAGAAAACCUUGUUUGUGCCUCUAAUAGUCCCUGGUAAACAUUGUUAGACCUCAAAUCGAAAUUUAUGACAAUCACGUGUUUUAGAAGGUGUUUCAGAAAGAAAAUGCUUCUUUGAAUCAGUAUUUUCCUGCCUAAUCUAUUUGUGAUUGUAUGUUUUGUUAUAAAAUUGUGCAGGGUUAAGAGAACAUUGUAUAUUUUCAUUUUAAAUAAAGGUGGAAAACUA